UCGAGUAGCUGGGAUUAUAGGCGCCCGCCACCACGCCCGGCUAAUUUUUGUAUUUUUAGCGGAGACAGGGUUUUGCCAUGUUGGUCAGGCUGGUCUCGAACUCCUGAACUCAAAUGAUCUGCCCGCCUCGGCCUCCUAAAAUGCUAGGAUUACAGGCGUGAGUCACUGCGUCCGGCCCAAAAGCCUUUUUUGGAUGAGAAAGACUCACUCAGCUUGGUGCUGAAGAGCAAGUGGACAGAGGAAGAGGAGAGUAUGAAUGUGAAUCAAAAACCAAGGCAGUCGAUAGGCCUUGCUGCGUAUGGUUUUGCGCUUUUUUCUUCAAAGAAUGUCACUGUCUGAACAUUGCUGUGUUAGAAGACACGCACACACCCGACUCAGCCAGUUCUCUACAGGAUUAGAAGAAACUUGCGCGAGUCAAUCUGCGCAGUAAAAAAUAAAUACGAAAUGGGCGAGAAAGCACUUAGCAGUCAAAUCUUGCCACCCAGUUAAGUUUGGAAGCCCAGCCGACACUCAGUAAUGUUUGGCUCUGCCUAGCAUCUCCGACUUCCGGCGUCCUCCGUUGCUGGGGUGACCAGGCCGGCAUCCUAACUAACGCUCCGCCCAACAAACCAUAGAGUACCGGAAAAAGCUCGAGCAGAAGGGUCGGAAAGGGAAAACAACGGUGGCUGCGGUGUGGUUGGUGCCGAGAUGACGACUUUAGUGCUGGAUAACGGAGCUUACAACGCCAAAAUCGGUUACAGUCAUGAAAAUGUGUCGGUUAUUCCUAAUUGUCAGUUCCGGUCAAAAACAGUACGUCUUAAAACUUUUACUGCCAACCAGAUAGAUGAAAUAAAAGAUCCUUCUGGACUCUUUUACAUCCUUCCUUUUCAAAAGGGCUACUUGGUGAAUUGGGAUGUUCAAAGACAAGUUUGGGAUUACCUUUUUGGAAAAGAAAUGUAUCAGGUUGAUUUUUUAGAUACCAAUAUUAUUAUCACUGAACCAUACUUUAACUUCACUUCAAUUCAAGAAUCAAUGAAUGAAAUUCUAUUUGAAGAAUACCAGUUCCAAGCAGUAUUAAGAGUAAAUGCUGGGGCUCUCAGUGCACAUAGAUAUUUCCGAGAUAAUCCUUCUGAAUUAUGCUGUAUUAUUGUUGAUAGUGGAUAUUCCUUUACACAUAUAGUUCCUUAUUGUAGAAGUAAAAAGAAAAAAGAAGCAAUUAUUCGGAUAAAUGUGGGAGGAAAACUCUUAACCAAUCACCUAAAGGAGAUCAUAUCUUACAGACAGCUACAUGUUAUGGAUGAAACACAUGUGAUUAAUCAAGUGAAAGAAGAUGUAUGCUAUGUGUCUCAGGAUUUUUAUAGAGACAUGGAUAUUGCAAAGUUGAAAGGAGAAGAAAAUACAGUAAUGAUAGACUAUGUCUUGCCUGACUUCAGUACAAUUAAAAAGGGCUUCUGUAAGCCCAGGGAAGAGAUGGUGUUGAGUGGAAAAUAUAAAUCUGGGGAACAAAUUCUUCGUCUGGCCAAUGAGAGAUUUGCUGUUCCAGAAAUACUCUUUAAUCCUUCUGAUAUAGGCAUUCAAGAAAUGGGAAUUCCAGAAGCUAUUGUCUAUUCAAUUCAGAAUCUACCUGAAGAAAUGCAGCCACAUUUUUUUAAGAACAUUGUCUUGACAGGAGGAAACUCCCUUUUCCCAGGAUUUAGGGAUCGGGUUUACUCAGAAGUUCGAUGUCUUACUCCAACAGACUAUGAUGUUUCUGUUGUGCUGCCUGAAAACCCUAUUACUUAUGCCUGGGAAGGUGGAAAAUUGAUAUCAGAGAAUGAUGAUUUUGAAGAUAUGGUGGUAACAAGAGAAGAUUAUGAAGAAAAUGGACAUAGCGUCUGUGAAGAGAAAUUUGAUAUUUAAACAACAUUUUUCAAUGAAAGUCUUGACUAGUUGUGACCAUAAGGUUUAAUUUCAAAGUUUCUUUUAAAAGAGGUUAAGGAACUGUGUUACCUUUCAUCCUAAGAAAAAGCCUUGAAUUUAUGUAAAUACUUUGAUCCAUUGCUAAUUUUCAAAGGCUUCUUAGGUUAUUACAGUAAACUGUAACUUAGUCCACAUUUUCAUUUGGGAGCUAGACCAGCAUAACAAUGCUUAUGCUGUUUCCAAGGGUAGGUAUUAUUUUUCAUUAAAAGCAGAAAGGAUGAAUGCAUUUUAAGUUUAAUUCUUCAGAGCUGAAAGCACAAAUUUAACUGCCUCACUGGUCAGAUUUCCUUAGAAGGUAGUUUUGUGUGAUUGUGACUAAAGUAUUUUAUUUAAAAAUUGUCAUCCUUAUCUAUACAUUCUAAAGUUGGAAAGACUGAUCUUAUACGAAUGUAAUGUUUAUUUUAUACCUAGAACACAUUUAAAAGGGUGGAGACUAAAUCUAAUAAAUUUUUUUGGUCACUA